GUUAAUGUAAAAUAUUUCCUAAAUAAAAUUAGUACGAAAAGUGUUUAUAGGUUUAUGUAAAUUGAGUCCAUUUACACAUAACUUACUAUUGCUGAAAACACAUUAAGCAAAUUAGCUAAUAUUGUCAAAAUGGCGAGAAAACAACCAGAACAUCAAGGGAUUCAAAUGGUUUCAGUGGAGAAUCACUGGCAUCAUAUCUUCAAUAGGUACGAUGUGGAUGGAGAUGGUCGGAUCGCCUUGGCUGAAUUCAAGACGAUGUUGAGAAGUAACAGAUUCAACCACGACAUACCGGAUCGAGUUGUCAAGCAGAUACUCUUGAAUGCCGACGCUGACAGGAAUGGUUACCUUGAGUUCCAUGAGUUUCUCAAGUUGGUGGAGAGCGAUGAGGGAAGGCACCUGUUCAAUCAUUACAUGAACUCUUACGUCCGUUCAGUGAUUCCUCGAAGGACUUGGACUAGAGAUGAUAUCAUCGAUGGAGAAUAUGAAGACCAAUAUACUUGCAGACCCCCUGCUAUAGGCAUGCUCUUGAUUAGUUUAAUAGAGAUGGGUUUGUUCCUGUACGAUGUCGCCGUCACUCACACCACAGUAAGCACAGAUGGCCCAGUAUCUCAGCUGUUCAUAUACAAUCCCCGUAAGCGGGCUGAAGCUUGGCGUUAUAUGACGUACAUGUUUGUGCAUAUCGGUGUGUUUCAUCUGGGAGUGAACAUCUUGGUUCAAGUGCUACUUGGUAUUCCACUGGAGAUGGUUCAUCGCUGGUGGAGAGUUCUCAUCGUCUACUUCGCUGGAGUCAUUGCCGGCUCCCUCGCUACCUCAAUGUCCGACCCCUACGUGUACCUCGCCGGGGCUUCUGGGGGAGUUUACGCCCUCAUCACUGCUCACAUUGCCACCAUUAUCAUGAAUUGGUCUGAAAUGCAGUUUGCAGUUUGGCAACUCCUAGUAUUCCUCUUCUUGACUAUUGUAGAUUUAGGAUCGUCCAUUCAUGCUCGUUACAUUGCGAAUGAAGAUAAUAAGGUUGGAUAUGUCGCUCACUUAGGAGGAGCUGCCGCAGGUCUCCUCGUUGGUCUAUACGUUCUGCGCAACCUCGAGGUUCAGUCUUGGGAACGUGUAGUGUAUAGGAUCAGCAUGGCCGUGUUUUUGGUCUUUGUUGCUUCCGCAAUCGUCUGGAACGUCGCCUAUCCUAACUACUUUCCUCCUCAAGAUGUAAAUAUUUCCUUCCAGAAAAACUAAAAGAAAACAUGUGCAAAGGAUUGGCUGGAUAAAUCCUGUCUACUUUUAGAUAAUUUUAGACUUUUCUUGUUGAACACUAGUGCUUUUUUAAGAAACUCUAAUGGCUAUAAGGAAUGUACAAUUGUUACUAUAAUUUGUAGCAAAAGAAAACGUAUAAGGUGCAAAAUUUGGAUUGACUGGAUCAAUCUUAGCCUAUCUAUUUUUUUAGAUAGUCAUAGACUUAUCAUGUUGAAAACUAGUGUUUUUGGAAAAACUUUGUGAUGGUUACUAAGAAUGUAAAAUAUUUACAAUUGAUUUGUAGCAAAAAAAGAAUAACUAUAAAAACCACAGUUUUAACUCUGAUGAAGGCUAACAAUGUUAACAAACCAGGGAUCAAAUGUUUGUGGUCAGUUAUCUUAUAAAAUGUGUAUAGGUAAUUUCCAGUUCCCUAAUAUUCUAAAACUAUUUGGUACAAAUGUACAAAACCUAUGUAAAAGUGAAGUAUUUUCAGGGAAUAUUUAUAUUUUGUACUUUCGCCCUCAUUUUGUGAUUGAAUCACUAGUGUUUUACUUAAUUUUAAUUUCAAAACCAAGUUCAGGCAGAAAAUAUAUCACAAAUGAAAGGUUUUAAUAUUAUUUUGUAGAUUAAAAAGUAAAAACUAUAAAUUAUGUAACUAUCUAAAUGAGUAUGAAUGAAUAUAUUACCGGUAUGCUUUGUUUUAAUAUUUGUUCAUUAUGACGUUUUUUUUAUAAUCAUGCAUUUUGAAUGAUCAUACAUCAAUGUUAAAUGGAUAUUUAUUUAAUUAUAUAAAGUUAUAUGCAUGAAACAAAUGAUUGUUUUUAAUUGCAAUUAGUUUGCUAUAUUAUUGCUCAGCUUAAGUUCAAAGUUCUUAAGUUCUCAUAAUAGUUCAUUUGAAAGCUAUUUUAUAUCAUAUAACCACUGUUUAUUUUUAUAUACUGUUUUAUUGAUGUUACCAAAGUUUGUACUUACUGAAACCAUCAGUUGAGUUCUAUAAUUCCAUCCUGUAGAUCAAACUAUAUUAACUAGAAUGUUUUGGUGCCUAGUAAUAACCGUUUUAGUUACAAAUCUGUAUACAGUAUUAAGAAUGAUUCAGGUAAUAUUAGUACGUUUAUUAACGUUUAAAAAACAUUUUCUGUUACCUUCAUAGGUAGUUGAUAUUGUGUAUUAGUACUUGAUAAUAAUUCAAUUUUAAUCUGUAUCACUGAUUCUAUAAGUAUUAUGGGAAUGUUAAGCUAAACCUAUGGGUUCCUACCUAGUUUUCUGAAAUGCCAGUUUUAUAUUUAGUAAAUUAUUUAUUUUACUGCAGUAUUAUAUUUUUCAUUAGUUAUAAAUUAAUUUAUUAUAUUAUUGUAGCUCUAUUUCCAGGGGGAAAACUGUGUUAUUUCAAGCUUAUUAAAUUGAUUUGAUUUGAUUAUUGGUAAAAUCAAAACAACGUUUACAUGUUUUGUUUUGAGAAUAUUGUUUUAUUUAGAAAAAUUAGGUUUUGUUAACAAAAACACUGUGAAACUGGCAGGCUAUUCUAUUUUAUGUAUUGUUUUACUUGAAUUAAUACAAACUUCUCAGUUAAAAGGCUUCACUGUGGAAUUCAAUUAAUUCUUACUAAAGGAUUUCAAUUUAAUUUUUAUAUUUAUACAGUUCUGUUUUUUUACCUAUUUAUAAACGGCUCUAAGUUUCUUGACCCAAAGACUGAGGGCUCAUUAUUUUCUUUUGAGAAAAUGUUUACAUUUUAAAAGUAAUAGUUACUUAAUUUAUGACUUUAGUUUCAUAUCUGAAGUUAUUAUAGUUUUGUUAUCGUGAAACAUAAAACUGUCUAAUUUUAUAUAAAAAAUGUGCCUUGAUGUUGUGAUCUGUUUUGUAUAGCUUAAUUGAAUUUUUAUAUUCACAUGUCAAUCUUUAGCAUAAAGCGGAUAUUUGCUUAUAUAUCUCUAUUUUGCUAAAGUUUAUUUGUGUGACUUAUUAUUUUUCUAUGGUUGAGGGUUUAAAAUGUAUUGUAAGUUUCUUAUCUUCUAAAUUACAUGUGAUAGUUUACAUUUCCAGUUAUUUGAAAUGUAAUGUAAAUCUACAACGAGAAACAGAUCAAAGAACAAUGCUUAGCAGAGAUCAAAAUGUUGAACUGCACACACAAAAUGGCUAGCACAAGCAAGUUCCUGGCUGUCAUAAAGCCCUAUGUUUUCAUUGUACAAAUCCAUAUAUUUAUUCGAAACACAAAAACAAGGUCCGUAUAGAAUCCAAAACAUAUUUUUUAAGAAAUUUUCAUUUUUAUUAGAAUAUUACUAAAAAGGUAUUACAGCGUAAUUUUUACCAAUUUUGGCAAUCUUGUAUGUUGGAUUUCUUUUACUGACCUUGUUUUUAGGUUUGUCACGAUUUACAAGUAUCACCGCGUUCUUUCAUAUUGCCUUAUGUAUGUUGUAUUGAUAGAUGUUUUUAUUUUUACAUGUUUGCAAUUCAUAUCAAUAAAAAUACUUGUAAAAUA